AUGUCGGGCGAAGUCAUAAGCCUUCUUUUAUCAUUUCAGCCGGAUUCACCAGAGUUCAAGUCCAAGCGCGAAUACGACAUUCAAGCUCGCCGCUUCGCUCACGACAUCGCAAACCUAUCUCCACAGCAUUUCGCAAGGGGAGCCGACACAUCACAGGAUAUAUUGGAGAUAUGCAAUCCCGCGGUGAACACGAUAGCCUACAUCUUCCCCCUCCAAUAUCGCAUUGCCGCCGCGGGGGGCACCUUCCAGUCGCCAAAACACGUCUCCGACCAACUGAAGCCCGGAGGAGCACUAUGGAACAAAGCGGUAAAUUUCCUCGAGAAUGCGGAUCCGAUACAACUGCGAUACGUGGGUGCAGAGUGGAGGAAGCUGUGUACUUACAUUGAGCAAGUGGCGAGGUUCACAGGCACACCUGCUCUUGCGAUAUCGCCAAUACGGUCCGGGAUGCUGCGACUUGAUCCGACUUCCGGCACAUUCACAUCGGUGCACCUGCAAUUCAUACGGAUAUGCGUUGAGACGAGAUCGUACGCCGCGGCGAACCCGAUCCUUGAUAACUACAUCCACAGCCUGCCAGGCAGCAUUCCUCAGGUCGUGCGGGAAUCCCUGGAGUUCUCCGUGCCAGCGUCAGACAAGCUCACGAAUAGCGGAGAGUUCAUUCACGCAAAGUCGGGACAUAGUGAUAAGAUUUCACUCCCUGAUUUGCAGGAAUACUAUCUUUUGGGAUCACACGCAUACAUAGGACAGCGGCAAUGGGCGAAGGCCAUGCGCCUACUAGAGCAUAUCUUGGUUACGCCAGUAGUAACCGGUGUGGGCAAUGGAUUGAUGCUCGAAGCAUACAAGAAGUGGGUCCUAGUCACUUGCUUGGUGCAUGGUACUGCCAAACCGCUCCCUCGCACCACCAACACGAGCGCAUUCAAGGGCAUCAAGGCCGCAUCUAAAGCCUACGACGCGCUCGCAGAUGCAUUCGCCGACCUGAGCAACCUGCCCAAACUGCGCGCACAAAUCAACGCGGGCAGAGACACCUGGGCGGAGGACGGCAACCUCGGCCUCGUGAACCAGCUUGCAGAGAACCAAUAUCGCUUCUACGUCGCUCGACUGUCGCGGACCUUCUCCGCCAUUCCCGUGUCGAAGAUAGCCGCCGCGCUGGACGGCACCGUGCAAAACCUAACGACGUACCUGGAAGGCCUCAUCGCAAACGGCGACCUAAACGCCAGCCUCGAGCAGACAAACCGACCCGAGCUAGGCGUCGUCCUCCGAUUCUACCCAGACCCGACCAAAGGGCCCCUCGCGAAGACAGAGAAGCAGCAGCUGCAGGCCCUCCUCGCGCAAACGGAGCGCACGAAUCUGCUCGCCGAGCAGGUCAAGAGCGCGGACUACAGGCUGAGCUUGACCAAGGAGUACAUCGAGCACAUCAAGCGCGUGAAUAAGAAGGCGACGCAAGGUGGAGGCGGGGGAGACGCCAUGGACAUGCAGUUCGAGGAGCCGCUGGAGGAAGACCUGAUGCAGUGA